CGUAUCAUCUGGCUGAUAGGGCGAUGGACAGGAGUUAGAUUUUCAAAAACACUACGACCACAAGUAUAUCGUUCUUGUCUCGAGCUGCUACAUCCCUCCGAAGACUUGGCAGUUCGUCUCACGGCUUCAAAGACCCUCAAAAACAUCAUGGACGAUUUUGAAUUCGAUGCGGAGCAGUUCCUUGAAUUUUUGGAACCGGUUAUCGCACUUCUAUUCUCCCUCCUAAAGGAAGCUAACGGAUGUGAUACCAAGAUGACUGUACUUUAUGUAAUGUCAUUCAUCAUCGAAAAGAUGUCAAUGUCCAUUAAGUUGGAGGUGGAGAAUCUGAUACAAUAUUUACCACUGCUGUGGGAUGAAAGUCGUGAACAUGAUAUGUUGCGAUGUGCCAUAAUCUCAACUUUGCUGCAGAUCAUAAAGGCCUUGUACGAAAUUCCCUCGCCGGAACCGAUUGUUGCAUUUAUCUACCAAAUCAUCGAGAUGAGUACAAAUAUCAAUGAACCGUCGCACGUGUACUUGUUAGACGAAGGUUUAGAAUUGUGGCUAAUCGUUGCGCAGUACAGCAGAACGAUGAACCAUGACCUGCUAAAGCUCUGUGAUAAUUUGCUACCCCUGAUUGAGCAAUCUUCCACUAACCUACGGACCUGUCUUGCUAUCACUCAGACCUACAUAUUUUUAUGUCCCGAUGUAUUUCUUCCGCGGUAUGGAAAAGAUAUCAUUAAAACCUGCCACUACCUUCUGACUGACCUAAGAACGGAGGGAGUCAUCGUUAUCUACCGAUUGUUCCUAACCGUUCUUCGGAUUGCACCAAAGUAUUCUAUCGAGUUACUCAGGCCCUACCUGGUAGAAGUUUUUAAAAAAUACUAUGAACACGAGGGCUUUCUCCAGAUUAACCAAAUCUACCUGCAGAUGGUGGCAAGGAUUUUGUUACUAGAUCAGGUCACAUUUAGCAUGAUCCUAAAUGAGCUGGGCAUUGAUGAUGCAAUGGAGAAGAUUGUUACUUCAUGGCUGACUGAUAUGCAUGCGGUGGCGAGGAGUAAUGAAAAGAAACUAUUAGCUUUGGCGCUUACUAGUCUCAUAACGGUGUCAAGUGAUAUUAUUUAUGAUAACUUUAGCGGCAUCAUGACCAACAUUAGCGAAACGCUAAACGACAUCACCAAUGAAGACGAGCAAACCGGAACGAAAGUGGAUUCUCUUAUUCUAACCGAUGAUAACGAAGCAGAAAUUGGAAUGAUGAUGUUCGGCUAUGGGUUCAUCGACACAGAGAAUAUGCAGAAUGAGACUCCUCAUUACGACCGGUGUAGAAUAGUGUGUUUGCAAGACCCAACGCAUGUGAUCGUGUUAAAGGAUUAUUUCCAAAACCAGCUAAUAACUUUGAAAGGAAACAUCGGAGAUGAACGAUAUCAAGCUUUGCUUUCACGCAUUGAUAUACAAAUACUGAAAGAGAUCACUGACUUCGUUUCACUCGGUGUACAACUUCCUGUGCAGCAGGACUUGCAGUAGGUUAUCGGUUGUCGGCAACAGUGUGAAAAAUGGCCUUUUAUAUUACUGUUUUUCAUUAACUAUCCCAAAAUUCUCUGUUCUUAAUUGUGUAUGUAUGUAUUCAAUUUUAAUUUAUAUCCUGUCCAUCCCUCUUGAAACAUUGGCAAUGAUGAUACAAACAGAAAUACGCUUCCCUAUGUUGUUAGUCAGUAGACAUAGAAUGAUCAACACGUAACACACAACUGUCUACUCUUUUGUAAAUAAAUAGAAAACCUUUGCAAUUUUAUUGACCACGUGAAUGCGUUUGAUAAGAAUUACAUUGCAUGAUUUCAAUUCAUUCGCUCGUAGCAACAUCGAGAUUCACAGUUUAUAAAUACCAACAACAGAAAAAAAUUGUAAAUACAGUUUUCU